AUUCAUUUGCUGCUCAAAUCGGGCGCCGAUCCAACGAUUGCAGAUGCGCAGGGCUUCAACGCAUUACAUUUGGUGACGCACAGCAGUGCGGUGAUGCCUCUUCUAUUGCUACUACAGCACGAUGCAUUCGCCGCACCUUCGGCACUGGAUAUUUCUGACUCUCAAGGGCACACUCCCUUGAUGUGGGCAGCUUACCAGGGGGAUGCACUAUCGGUUGAUCUGCUACUGGCUCAUGGUGCGAACGUGCACGCCAAGGACGCUACAGGUCUCACGCCCAUGCACUGGGCAGUAGUGAAGGGCAACAGACUUUGUAUCAGGAAGCUGGCUGGAACAGGAAGCGACCUUUGGGCGAAGGAAGAAGGUGGAAAGACUCCAAGAGAAAUGGCGGUGGAGCUCAAGAGCGAAGCUGCAUACAGGAAAGCCCUUGCUGAUGUCGGUUUGUACGAGGAUGGGAGAAGGAAGAGUAGAGUAGCAGGAGAGCGUUCCGCACGGAUAGCAAUUGUUUUGUUACCAUUCUUCUUCUUGGGCUUGAUGUUCACAACAUUAGGAGCCCUCCCCUGGUUCGUGGGGAUGCCAUUCGUAGCUGCCGAAUUCUUCGGUAUGCACCACGUCAUUACGCGCGUCUUGCUUGAUCCGCUGGAAGUAGACAGUCUGCAGCGCAGCACCUACUUCUUGGGCAUUGUGGCGGGAAGUGUUGCAUGGGUCGGAUGGGAGUGGGCGCGCAAAGUGGUUCAUGGUGAGCGUCACGAAUGCCGUCUCUCUGCCGCUUUGCUUCCCCACUGUGUCCUAGAUUUGGCUCACGCACUGACAACGUCCCCUUCAGCUACUCCUGGCCACGCACUUGCCAAUCUACUAUUCGCGAUCGCCUUCCUGAGCUGUUCAUGGAACCUGUUCAGAGCAGCCACUUUGGAAGCAGGUUUUGCGCCGCUACCACAGACCGAAGCGGAACGCAGAGACGUCAUCCUGCAGCUUGUAGACGAGGGAAAAUUGAAUGGAACGACAUACUGCAUCACUUGUCUUACGAGGAGGCCAAUGCGGUCGAAACAUUGCCGCUUGUGUAAGCGCUGCGUAGCGCGACACGAUCAUCACUGUCCUUGGGUGGCUUCGUGCGUUGGCAUGAACAACCAUCGUCAAUUUAUCGUCUUUGUUGGCUCUCUCGUCAUCGGUAUCCUGCUCUUCAUCUAUUUGGUCUAUCACUCGCAACAGACUACGACUCUUUCCUCUUUAGCGUCACUCUAUGGGCUACUUUGCAGCUCACCUGGACCAUUAUUCUUCUCGUCGCCCAGACAUGGCAGAUUGCAAGACAGAUGACCACCCUUGAAGUGUCAAAUCUCGGCCGGUAUGGCUGGAUGGGAGGUAAAGGCGGUAGCUCAAUGACUUCUCAGACCAGUUUCAUGGAAGCGAGGGCCGCAAGACUUGCAGCACAAGGCAUCUCGACCGACCAAUCCGACGCUACCGCAGACGAUGACUUUGACGGCACAAGGCCUGGUUCGAUAGGUCCCGGAAGCCCCA